ACUAAAAUAGAUAGCUGUCGUUUAUAAACGAUAUGCAUUGUUAAAAGUCGAAGCUCUAAAAGAAAUACAUCAUAGGAAAAUCCCUGCUUUGUUCAUUUACGUAAGUUCAGCGGAUGUGUUGACAGGCAAAUACGUGGUACUUUGGAAAGCGAAAAUUGUCACAAUUCCUGGUAGUGUUAUUUGCGUUCGUUCCUGUAUCAUUGAGAACCAACAUAACCCACGCUUCACAGGUGUAGUUUAUACGGGUGGAAAGUUGAUGACGUUUUAGAGUCCACAAUUUAACUAUCACCAGGUGGCGUAGGCCUUAUAGUCAUGAAUGCACCUUUUUAUGAAUUUGAAAAGAAACUGCGCCCACAGUUGAAAAUAUAAAAGAGAUAAAGCAUUCACCCCAAGCUCAGAGAUAGUUUGGGGACUUCAACAGCCAUCGUGAAGCAAGCUUAGAAACCAUGUGGAGAGAUAGGUGAAUGUUUUCACAAGAACCGCAUUGAAGUUUCUCUGUAAAGUCUGUGAGUGAAACACGUGAGAUUUGAAGUCCCUGGAGCAGUAUGAUGUACGCCAUCAUUCCUGUCGCCAUUUUCCUGCUCUGCAUUGGAGCUCUCCUUAUCCUUCAAGCCCUGUACCCACGACUCUGUAGCGAUCUUGCGUUCAUCCUUGACAAAGUCCGUAUGGCAAGACACCUACAAGCCUGCGCUAGAAGGGAAAUCCCCUCAACUAUUGUAGAUGAGUUGGAGGGUCACGCUCGAUCUACUCCUGAUAAGACUUUCUUAGUGUACCGCGACGUAAGGUUCACUUACGGGGAGGUCAACCGGCGAGCUAACCAACUGGCACACGCUGCUCAUCACCGCGGAGUAAAGCAAGGGGAUACGGUAGCGCUGUUGAUCCACAACGAACCUGCUUUCAUCUGGACGUUGCUUGCCUUUGCUAAGCUCGGAGUGACCUGUGCUCUUCUCAACUACAAUCUGAAACCAUCCAGUUUGCUUCAUUGCUUCGAGGCAAGCCAAGCCAAGCUACUUGUCUUUGGCCCAGGGGACAUCCUGUUAAAGGCAGUGGUUGACAUGAAGGGAGAAAUGAAGUUCGAUAAGGUGUGCAUUUGGUCCCUGGAAAAACCUGCUGAGAAGCUGGAAGGAGUGCAGUCUAUCGAGCAAAUUAUAGAGACCAACGUAGAGCUCAAACAGUGCGACAUGGAAGCCAACUUCUCGAGGGAGAUUCGUAGAGGACAACACUUCAGAGACCCCUUCGUUUACAUCUACACUUCUGGAACUACAGGUCUCCCUAAAGCAAGCAGAAUGUCCCAUUAUAAAAUGAUGGCGGGAGGACAUUUGUUGAAUUGUGUCAAUAUGACCUCAGACGAUGUCAUGUACGUCACACUACCGCUCUACCACAUAUCAGCGCUCCUUUUUGGACUAAGCAAUGUCGUCAGGAACGGAGCAUCGAUGGUACUCAGGUCCAAGUUCUCUGCAACCCAUUUCUGGACUGAUUGCUGCAAGCAUGACGUCACAAUUAUUAUGUACAUCGGAGAGCUAUUCAGAUAUCUGCUGGCAAGACCCAAGACACCAGAGGAGAAGCUGAACAAAGUUCGUGUGGCCGUUGGUAACGGUUUGGGAGGUGACAUUUGGGGAGAAGUGAUGCAAAGAUAUAACAUUUCAAGAGUGCUGGAGACGUAUGGCGCAACUGAAGCUAACUUCGGCAUCAUGAAUGUGGACAAUAAAAUUGGAUCCGUCGGCUGCUGGCCCCCAAUGUUACGGAUCUUCUGUCCUAUUGAGCUGGUCAAAUAUGACUAUGAGUCUGCUCAGCCUAUUCGGGAUGAAAAUGGCAGAUGCAUCAAAGUCCCUCCAGGUGAUAUCGGUCUUCUGCUGUGUCCGGUCAACAAGACAUUUCCCUUGGAGGGUUAUGUGGGCGAGGAAGACUUGAUGCGGAGGAAGCUAGUCCGGAACGUAUUGCGAGAAGGAGACGUGUACUUUAAUACCGGGGACCUUUUCGUUCAAGACGAGCAUUACAACCUAUACUUUAAGGACAGGCUGGGAGACACAUUCAGAUGGAAAGGGGAGAAUGUAGCAACCACAGAAGUUGCCCAGAUGUUACAGCAACAUGAGGACAUCUUUGAAGCCAAUGUGUAUGGUGUCGCCGUACCAGGUCAUUACGGCAAAGCUGGAAUGGCUGCCCUCCUGCUCAGCCCAAGCACAACCUUUGACCCAGUGGCCACCUUCAACUUUGUGAGAUCACGCCUCCCAGACUACGCAUGUCCGCGGUUUCUUCGUCUCCCCAGCACUCUAGAACACACAAGCACCUUCAAACAAACCAAAUUCAGGCUCGUUCAAGAGUCCUUUGACCCUAAGCUGGUAAAAGAUCCCCUGUUUUUCUUUGAUACUGCAAGGAAAGAAUACACAAGACUGGACGGGCCAGCUUACCUGAAGAUUGUAAAUGGGGAUGUGCGAAUAUAAGCAGAAGUUGGAAAUAAAAUCAAACCCGAAGAUUAAUCCAAAUACCUCCUCGAAUGACUGAUCAAGUGAACAACAACAUCAGUCGAACUUUCAUGUCAUUUUUUACUGAUUUAUAAAAAUUGCAAUCCCAUUCCUACCAGGAUUCGAACCCAAAACCUUUGAGUUAGAAGUCCAACGCGCUAAUCCACUGAUUCAUAUGCCAAAGAAUUUUUAAAAUUUGAAUAACUGAAAUGGAACAACCCCGAAUAUAAACGUUUCCGAAAGUUAUUUAAAAGGGGAAAGCAACAAGUUGACUCAAAUUCCAAAGUUUUUAAAGAGUCAAAUGCAGUAUUCGUUGCGCACUGGGAUUUAUCUCCUUGCUGUCGGUCAUCUAUUCACAAUUUCAAGUACACCAUCAUUAACCUAAGUCUAAUUUACACGUUAAAUUCUGUGGAAGUUGUAAAAAAUGAUCCCCUCUGGGAUUCUAACUCGGAACUUUUGAAUUAGUUCAUUUGAACGUAGUAAUUUGUUGGUCCAUUGGAUUUAUUCAACCCUCGGCGCAUGUUGUGAAAAAGUAUUAAGGAAAUAAGAGCAAAGCAGAAUUUUAUCCUUCAAACUUUUGCACCAUAGUUAUUUUAUUGACUCAAAACUAUUUUAUAUUUCUCGUAAUAUUUAACACCCGUAAUAAUUACGCAUAUGUAAUGAAAUACGUUUAUAUUAAUUUUUACAAAGUAGUGAUUGUAAAUAAUUGAUUAUUCCAUGGUACAUUUUUGUACAUCGUUUUGUAUGUCUAAAUAAAAAUAGCAAGUUUUCGUCAUGAUUAUUGAGAAUGUUUUACCAGGUUUUGCCUUGAACACCCCAUGCACAUUUUUAUUCUGAACUAAACACUGGCUGUAAUGUUUUUGGAGCCUCGAAACAACGUCACUGAGACGCUGUCCUGUACCUGAUCACACGUCAUCGUCUUGUGCUUACAAUCGCUGUAAAAGGUUGUUUUGACACGAUUGACAUAACUGGAACUAAAAAUACAUCACUAGUAUGAUGACAGGCCUAUUGAAUAGUGAGUAACUUUUUACAUCGAGACAUAAUUUUAACGACGGCUUUCCAGUCAUCUGCGUGGUAAUUUUUAGAAUUCUUUCUGUAAACAUUGUGCUCAAGAUGUCUGAGAAAUCGGAGGUUUACGAUUAUUUCGUUUUGUUCACAUUGUGGUCAUUGUAUUACAUUUAUAUUUCUAAUACAUAAGAUUUUGUGAUUUUUACAGGUCCAAAUAAACCAACUAUUUGUACAAUUAAUUUUGUAUAAUAUAAAAAAAUAAAUAAAAUGUUUUCCUUUUUCAGUGUACAACUUAGAAUUGCAGGUUUGAGGAGUACAUCAACAAUUGGGAGACUAACAUUUUUACAAGGUUUACAAAAUUGUGCCAUCUCAAAAUAUGAAUGUUUUGCUUUAUGCUUAGAGCAAGGACACAAAUAUAAGGAAUUUUUACUGUCGGAUAAGAGAAUAGUGGCCAUGAGAGUUAUGGGAGCUAUGUUUUGAGCGGUUAAUGAAGCACCUCCUGCAAUUUUGCCAAAUCUUGUAACUAGAGUCGGGAAUAGAAUAUUACAACCAAUUGCUU